AUGGGUCUGCCAACAACAACAUUAAUUACAUCAACAACAACAACGUCAUUAAUCGAAGCACUGCUAGUAACAACAUCAACAACAAUAACAUCAGUGACAUUAAAUCACCUGCUUCCAAAUCAUUUAUACGAGUUUAUGCUGAUGAUUAGAAGUCGCAGUGAAAUAGUUCUUUUUUCAGAUAUCGUUGUAGCCAAGACUAAACGAGAGUCGACCCUCGAUGACGUAACUGCUUAUCCCAUCCAAUCACACAAGCCCCAUCGGCCAACGAACUUGACCUUGAAGUUGACCUCCCACGGGUCACUACUCAUCUCCUGGCAUUCUCCCGCCUUUUUUAGCCAAACGCUCCAUCGACGUCACACAGACGGGCAUACAAAUUCGGCCCAGGAUUUUCCAAGUAACUGUAUCCACGGUGACGAGAAUAGGGUCGGUGCGGUAAAGUAUGUUGGUUUUACCGGUGAAAAUUCUGGUGAAGAUGGUGCUAAUGUUGGUGCUGGUGGUGGUGAUGUUACAGAUCGCCAUUAUAACGACGAAGAGGAAGAAAACGAAGAUGAUGCAUGGGAAAUGGAAAAAUUGUUGUUGAUUAACUCACUGGCAGACGAGCAGCAAGAAGAUGAAACAGCCAACAACAACAACAUCAGCAACAACGACCACGACGACCUCAACACAGCAAACCACAACUUCAGCCACAACAUCCACAACUACAGCCACAACCACAACAACAACAACAACCUUAAAACAAAAACCUGCUACCAACUCCAGUACAAAACCCUCAACAACCAUUGGAUAACACUGACAGACGUGCCUUCAACUAACCACACCUACAACUGGCCGACAGUUAGUCGCGGGACAACCUACCACUUCCGGGUUAUUCCAAUUGUUGUGGUUGACCUUGAAGCCCUUAAGGACGGUUACAGUCACGUGAACGAUCAUUUCAAGGUCAAGAAAGGGCUGGUUAUUGAGGGAGAGGCCAGUGAAGUCGUUGCCAUUGAAACUGGAGACCCAAUAGGCAAUCAGAGACAGUCGUACGACACCAGUGCGGUAAUGUUAGGCGGAGUGACCCUCGUACUAUUUAGCGCGUUCCUCCUCAUCAUCCUCUUCAAAUGCCUGGGCUAUUACAGAAAGAGAAGGAAAAUAGGAAAGAGUAUUGUUAUAUCGACUGCGGAUGUUGACCAAGAUACGAUGUUCAUCGAACCUCACAACAACAACAACAGCAGCAGCCAACAGUCGCGUCGCCAACAUUUCGACUACACAACAACAGCAACAACAACUAUGACGUCAGCUGCUGGCCCGCUUCCCGAUUUCAACUCCUCAUACGUCAAGCAGCGAUCAAUCAAGGAAACGCCGAUAUGA